CACGCGCGCACCCGCAGGACCGGCCCCGCUCCGGCCCCCCCCCCGCUCCCGGCUCACACCAUGUUCCAGCCGUCCGCGAAGCGCUGCUUCACCAUCGAGUCCCUGGUGGGCAAGGACGCCCCCCUGGGCCCCGAGGACCCCCCGCGCCCCGCCGCCCUCGCCUACCCCGGCCCCGCCGCCGCCGCCGACGCCGCCGCCUUCGCCCCCGGCUUCCAGGGAGCCGCCGGCCGGGCCCUGUACGGCAGCGCCGAGCUCGUCUUCCCCGAGGCCGUGGGGCACCCGGCGCUGCCCGUCGGGCCGCCCCAGCUGGGGGGCUCGGCCCUGCCGCACCCGCACCCCUUCUUCGGGCCGCAGCACCGCGACCCGCUCAACUUUUACCCCUGGGUGCUGCGGAACCGCUUCUUCGGCCACCGCUUCCAAGGGAGCGAGGUGUCCCAGGAGAGCCUCCUGCUGCACGGCCCCUUCGCCCGCAAGCCCAAGCGCAUCCGCACGGCCUUCUCGCCGUCGCAGCUGCUGCGCCUCGAGAGGGCCUUCGAGAAGAACCACUACGUGGUGGGCGCCGAGCGCAAGCAGCUGGCCAGCAGCCUCAGCCUCUCCGAGACGCAGGUGAAGGUGUGGUUCCAGAACCGGCGCACGAAAUACAAACGGCAGAAGCUGGAGGAGGAGGGCCCCGACUCGGAGCAGAAGAAGAAGGGCUCGCACCACAUCAACCGAUGGCGCCUCGCCACCAAGCAGCCGAGCGGAGAAGACAUCGAUGUCACCUCCAACGACUAA